AUGGCUUUCAAUACUUCUUUCCCAUCCCCCAAACCUCUUCCAGGAUCGAAAAAGGCUUUCCCACAUGUAUCUGCGCGGGUCAAUUCUUUCACCGGACGCAAAUCUGUUUCCAAGUUACCGGACACCAGCGUUCCUGCUGCACCUGCAAAACCCGGCAAAGAUUCCCGUAAGAUUGACCCCGCUGUCGGCCACCAGAAACGCUCAGUACCUGCCAACGUGAGCCAUGCCAACAAGAUCCGGACUCAUCACGAUUCCUCGGCCGUUUCGGCUUGCCUUAAAACUGCAACUGCCACCAGAACCCAGAAGGUGCACGUUAAAUCAACAGCACCUGUGCAGAAACCUGAUAUUACCACCAGUCGUACGGCCGGGCAGGCAAAACCAGUGAAGCCAGAGACGAUGGAUCGGACGGACAAACUCUUCGCCAUGAAACCUCUUCCAGGGAAAAAGAAGACUCUGGAGGAUUUUGUGCGUAAACCUUUCCGGGCCAAUCCUGUUCCUUUGAGCACCUACAAACAUCCAAAAGAUUGCUCGGCAGUUAAGCAGGAGCCUCACCCACCGGCUAAGAAGGUCAUGGUUCAAACAUCCCCACCGCAAAAAGUAAAACCCGUUCCUUUCCGGGCUCGACCUCUUCCGGCCAGCACAUACAGUCCAUCUAUCCACCCGGGACGUAAAAUCCACAAGGUCCAAAUCGAAAAGACUGACGAAUCUGUCGUCACUAUGGACAAACCGGACGUCGACAACGAUGUGAAGGUUUCCGAGCCGAUAGAUGAACCUGCUAGCUCCGAAGCAGAGGCGAUUCAUCUUCCACCAGUCAAGAAGAUCGUGGUUCAAACCUCCCCACCAGAAAAGGUGAAACCCGUCCCAUUCCGGGCCCGACCUGUUCCGGCUAGCACAUACGUUCCAUCUAUCCAACCGGCGGCGCGCAAAAUACACAAGGCUAAAAUCGAAAAGACUGACGAGUCUGUCGUACCUGUGGAUGAACCGGCCGUCGACAACGAUGUGAAGAUUUCAGAGCCGAUACAUGAACCUGCUAGCGGCGAACCGGAGACGGUUAGUGGCCCCAAUGGCCCUGAGGUUGAGGCUGCAGCCCUGUAA